GUGAUCCUGUUUGUGAUGAGGAAGCGUUACCAGAAGGACUCUCUGGUCAGUAUGAAGAACAGCGGGGAGAUUCACGAGCAGCUCGUCACCUACGAUGAAGAGGGAGGAGGAGAGAUGGACACUAAUGGCUACGAUGUCUCGAUCCUCUCUUCCGCCUGUCACGAUGGUUCCCUACUCCGCCACCCGGACCACCAGCACCCCUCCCUCUACGCCAUGGUGCAGAAGGCCCCCCCCCACCACCACCUCGCUCCACCCACAGCGUGUAAGGGCGACAUGGCGGUGAUGAUCGAGGUGAAGAAAGACGAGGCGGAUCACGACAGGGACGGCUUUCCGUACGACACGCUGCACGUCUACGGAUACGAGGGUCCCGAGUCUUUAGCCGAAAGCCUGAGCUCUUUGGGAACUUCCUCCACCGGAUCCAACCUGGAUUAUGACUUCCUGAACGACUGGGGUCCGAGGUUCAGGACCCUCGCCGAGCUGUACGGCGUGGACGGACCUGAAUACUACCAUCAAUACUAGAUAGAGACCUUCUAGUGGAUCAGAAUAUGCCAAAAUGCACACACGAAACGAGUGGUGCAGGGAUGACAUAUUUUUUUAAGUUAACAUCGCAAGGGAGCUCCAUCUACUAAGCGCAAUCAGAUUUUUUUAUUAGAUUUGGAAAUAUAAACCCAUUCACGUUGUGUUCAGCAGGAUAUGGCCACGUUUUGACACCACUUUUAAGAUUUUUAAAACGUAAAUGCAAUCUCCAGAGGUAAACAGCGAACAAAAAGGGAACAAGAAGCUAACAAGAAGCUAACAAGAAGCUAACGUAUGCUAGCUACAGCACGGUCAAAUUACUUCACGUCAACACUAACUAAACGCUAAACUAAAGGUGGCUAAUAUUCAGCUUGAUAACGUUUAGUAGUCUUAUUUAGACCUCAUUUCUGGCUUCUAACCAAAAACAAGUAAAACAAAAACAUUGACUUCGAGAUGAGGCAACAGGAAGUGGUAAAAUGCUGACUCAUUCCCUGGUUUAAGGACACAUUCCUGCACCACUCUAUAGCCAAACGCAUGCAAGGGACACACAUUCACACACUAAUAGAAGCAGGCUUUGACGCUGUACGAGAGCUUCAAUUUCUUUGUUUUUUUGGAGAUCUCUUUCUUCUUCUUCUUCUUUUUUGAGUUUGACAUUUGCCUCCUCCUUCAAAGAGAUCACACGCCAUGAGAGAAAGUGAGAAGUUACUGCUUCACACGUGUGCAGGAGGAUUGAUUGAUGGUGACAGUGUGAGAUUUACACCCUGAGGAGGAUGAUGUUUUUUUUAUUGUGUUGUGAAGUUUCUACACCAUAACCCUUUUAUUCCACCUGACAAAGACCCUAGUCGAUUCGGAUGAAGCUCCAGAGCAAGUUAACGUUGGAUGAUUGACGGGUUAAUCAGGUCACUGCUGGCCGGAGAUUUAUUUCUCAGUUAUACCAAUUCAUUUUUGUCAUUUCGCAUUUAAUUAAUGUCUUAGUUCCUUUAUGCAUAACCAUUUUGCAUUCCUUUUUCGACUGGAUUGCAGGUUAAUGUUUGGGUCUGUUUUUAAAUGAGUUCCUUCUAUGAACCUUUAUCUAUCUACAUAUACCAAUGAUGCAUAUUUCUAUCUACAUUUGGACAACUUAAAAUGGACACAUGACUUAUUUUUACCAAAAAACUCUGCAUUAAAACCACGCAGUCUUCAAUUAACCCUCCUGUUGUGUUCGUGUCAAAUCUGACCGAUUUACUGCUUUCAUCAAUCAUAACUUUUUUGUUUUAC